AUGGAUCGUCGAACUUACGAAGGUCCUAUGGACUGGGAGUACCAGAACAGUGGCCCUUUUGAUCCCACGAGUCCUUUUACACAUGCAGCAAAAAGGACACCUUCAAAAACGAAACUGCCACAAUCCUCUUUUACGCCUCAAUUAUCUUCGAGAACUACUGCGCCGGCAUUCCGUAACCCUGCCUUUACAACGCCCCGACGACCUUUCGAUGACGUUGCGCUGUCUGAAGCUUCAGGUGCAGAAGAUAGUCCUGCCUUGACAGAAGUUUCCGACUUCCCAAACGAUACUCCUGAGGCGGACCGUAUGAGCGACGUCAAUAUGAGUGGCAUGACGAGUCCCUCCAAGAUCGACAAAUCCUUUCGUUACAGCAAGACUCCUUUCUCAAGCAAGAAGCAUACGCCAGGUCGAGGCGAAAUACGGGCGACUCGAGACCUCUCUGUAUCAGAAUUUAUUCGCAAGCGAAAGAGACAUAACCUCGACAGAGAUGUCAGCAGCAUAACCCGACACCGCUGGAUAGAGUCAGACUCCGACUCGGAAGAUAGUAUCGCCCCGAGGCGAACUCGUGGCAAGAAGAAGGGAACAAAGGAAGUCCCAAGGGGUUUCUUGGGAUCUCUGCUGCAUAUGUUGGACGAACACCCUAAUGCCCCCGAUAAUCUUUACAGAUGGGUCAAGUUGAUCGUGAACUUCUUCCUGGUAUCAGUCUUUGUCUACAUUGGCUGGUCCAUUGUAACCACAGUGAAGACGGAUAUCGAAAAUGCAAACGAGAUGGCACGAAUCGAGAUAAUGGGAAGAAUUACGGAAUGCCAAACUCAGUACAGCAUCAACGGAUGCGCUAAAAACGAUCGUCCUGCGCUGAGAGUGGCAUGCGAGGAGUGGUCUGAAUGCAUGACACAGAACCCUGAGGCUAUCAUGAGGGUCAAGGUGACUGCGAAGCAAAUCGCAGAGAUCAUCAACGAGUUUUCCGAAGCAAUGAAUCUCAAGGCUUGGGGAUUCUUCUUCGCUGUCCUCAUCUUUUGCGCCUUCGCGAACAACUUUUUCUUGGGUGGAUAUGUCAGCAAGCCAGCACCUCCUGUUCAGUCACAACCCGCAGCUCCACCUCACGAUCCAUCCAUGGCCCCUGAGAACGGUCCCGGGUUCAUGUGGGUUCCUGUCCAAACACCAAGGAUGCAGCGUCACAUGUUGCUCGACGAUGGUACCGAUACGGACAGUACACCGCCGCCAAAGAUGAAGACGAUUCUUGCACCUCCAUACACUCCUUCACUGCGUCGGAGCCCAAGCAAGACGGAUCGGGGCCGUAGCCCUGUUAAAAACCGAAGUCCUAGUAAAGGGCGCCGGGAACCGUUUGCAUAG